AUGGGUUUCAAGAAGAUUUAUCAGCAGUUCUUUCCCGACGGCGACCCGUCCGAAUUCGCCUCGUUCGUGUUCAACGUCUUCGAUGAAAACAAAGACGGAGCGAUCGAAUUUCACGAGUUCAUCAAGGCGCUGUCGAUAACAUCGCGAGGCAAUUUGGACGAAAAACUGCAAUGGGCGUUCAAACUCUACGACGUGGACAACGACGGUUACAUCACUCGCGAGGAAAUGCUAAAAAUAGUCGGCGCUAUUUACAAGAUGGUAUCGCGCUCCAUGCGUUUAGACGACGAAGAGAACACGCCCCAGAAACGAGUCGAUAAAAUAUUCCAGACGAUGGACAAGAACAAGGACGAACUUCUGACACUCGAAGAAUUCAAAGAAGGUGCCAAAUCCGACCCUUCAAUAGUACAUGCAUUGUCUCUUUAUGAGGGCCUAACGUGA